CUGUGCCCCAGGAAGGGUGGAAGAUAAGAAGAAGCAUGUAUUCUCUACUAUACAGAAUUUAUGAUGGGUCCCUGUCCGUCGUGUGCGAUUUGGUUAAUGAACUAGCUGUGCCUGUAUCACUAGUCUAAGGGUGCCUGUGCCACUGUGUGCUCCCUGUGUCACGCCGCUUGGCUACCCUCUGAGAGACUCCAGCUCGUCAACCCCUGGGCUCUAACGCGGAAAUGAAGCUCGCGCGCGGCUGAAGCCAGAAAACACAGAUAAUCCCCGCAAAAAGGUGUAUGAAAACCACUUGUUCCUGUUUUCAGACGUCGAGGCAGAAGUUUUACAGCGAGCUCGAAGUGCGCUUCCCCGGAUCGCGCAUUCGAGGCACCGAGGGAGACGCGCUCUGCAAAGGCGGCUGUGUGUGCGUGGUGUCCGCCCGUCUGGUUGGAUGCGUUAGCUACGUGAAAUGGAGAGCAGGUGUUCAGACUCGGUGAAGGACGAUGAGGACGCGCUGUGGGAGAAUGUAGAGAACAACCGCUACAUCCUGAGCCGCCACAUCAAUGCUAGCAAGCUGACCCCAUACCUCCGACAGUGCAAGGUCAUCGAUGAGCAGGACGAGGAUGAGGUGCUCAACUCGCACAUGCUGGUGUCCAGGGUCAACCGAGCAGGCAGACUUCUGGAUAUCUUGCGCACUAAAGGUCAGCGGGGAUAUGUGGUGUUUUUGGAAAGUCUGGAGUUUUAUUACCCAGAGCUCUACAAACUGGUCACAGGCAACGCUCCCACUCGGAGGUUCUCAACGAUUGUCGUGGAGGAAGGGCAUGAGGUCCUCACACAGUUCCUCAUGAACGAGGUGCUCAAGCUGCAGCAGCAGACCAAAGACAAAGACAUGCAACGGGCGACCAUUAUGGGAAAGCACCGCACGUUGGAGGACGAGCACAAGAAGCUGCGGCUGGCCAACCAGGAGCUGCUGGCCUACCAGGAGCGCUACAAUAAGAUGAAGGAAGAGCGCAACCACUGCAGCGAGGAGCUCAGCAAGGUGAAGGACGACAACUACAACCUGGCAAUGCGCCUGGCGCAGCUGAGUGAAGAGAAGAACAUGGCUGUGAUGAGGAGCCGCGACCUGCAGCUGGAGAUUGACAAGCUGAAACACAGGCUGAAUCAUGUUGAAGAAGAGUGCAAUUUGGAGAGGAAGCAGUCGCUGAAGCUGAGGAACGAAAUGGAAAACCAGCCCCGCAAAGAGCAUAUCUUUCAGCUGGAGCGUGAGAAUGAGGUUCUGAAGAUGAAGAUUGAAGAGCUUGAAUCCCUUAUACAGCCAGGGAAGAAGGAGCUUCUGGACUCAGAGAGGGCCAUUGUAGACAUUCUGGAGCACGACCGUCAGGAAGCCUUGGAUGACCGCCAGGAACUGUUCACACGACUGUACAACCUGCACAUGGAGCUGCGGCAGGCUGAGGUUCUGAGGGACAAGUACCUGGAGGAGAAGGAAGACCUGGAGCUGAGGUGUUCUGCCCUGCUGAAGGACUGUGAAAUGUACAAGAACCGCAUAAACACGAUAACAAUACAGCUAGAAGAGGUGGAACGAGAGAGAGAUCAGGCUUAUCGUUCUCGGGAUGAGGCUCAGAACCAGUUCUCGCAGUGCCUAAAGGACAAGGAUAAGUACCGCAAGCAAAUCCGUGAGCUGGAGGAGAGGAGUGAUGAGCUGAACCUUGAGAUCAUGCGCAAGGAGGCGAAGACAGUUAACCUGACCUCGAAACUGAGACGCCUCUCCAAGGGUAGUGCAUGGGAUCAGAGUUUGCCGCGGGAUGUUCCACUUGCCAUGCUGCCUCAGAUAAUGGGUCAGGACGGUAAGAGAGACAGUAUGUUUGAGGACACAGUGAUGAGCAUAGCCAGCGAUGAUUCCCCAGAUGAUGAUGAGUUCUUCCAGUGUGAACCUCAGUUGAAACGCAGGCCCAACCUCAAAGGAGCUGGGCACCAGUGGUGUCGCAACAGUGUGAUGUCCACUGUUCCUGAGCCUCCAGGAAAUGAGUCCAUCGUGAGGAGGAGCAAAGAGGGCGAGGAGAACCCAUUCCCACGAAGCCGUUUCGACUUCGAGAAUGACACUGCUGAAAACACUGAACUUUGUGAUGAGGAACCCAGCAAGUUUUUUCAUGAGGCCCUUUCAUUCCAAUCCUCCUCCUCAUCCCACCAGUCAGAGAGCUUAGACUCAUAUGACCUGGAGCAGGUCAGCAGCAUCUUCCGGAAGCUUUCAAUAGAAAGACCCUUCCGGCUCUCCAUGUCGUCCUUCCUGCCUGGCAACAGCUCUGUGCGGCCCAUACAAGAUGUCUCACUGCCUGGGGACUCCAUCCUGUCGGAGGUCUCACUAGUGGGCGGGAACAUCAGUGGGAUCUUCAUCUCAUCCGUCCAGCCUGGGUCCAAUGCAGAGAGAGUUGGUCUGAGAGAGGGCCACCACCUCUUACUGCUGGAAGGGUGUGUCCAUGGGGAUCUUCAGAGUGUUCCUCUGGACACAUGCACUAAAGAGGAGGCCUACUGGUCACUGCAGAGAUGUGUUGGGGAGAUCAAACUGCACUUCAGGUCCAACAACGAAGGAUACAGGAAGCUGUUGAAAGAGAUGGACGAGGGCACUCUGACAUCAGGAGACUCGUUUUACAUCCGUGUGAACCUAAAUUUGUCAGGCCCGCCGGACGGGUGCUCUAUGUGCUUGUGCUGCGAUGAGGUGGUCCAUGUGCUGGACACCAUGCACCAGGGGAAGUAUGAGUGGCUGUGUGCCCGUGUUGACAUGCUCACCAACAAAGACCUGGAGAGGGGCACCAUCCCCAGUUACACAAGGGCCCAGAAGCUCCUUCUGGUGAAGCUCGAGAAACUCAUCUGUAGUGGUAGUCGAGAUGAUGCGGACUGCCUUCGUGGACUCAGGAAUACAUUGCGGCCCGAAGACUUGCCAUCUCAAGCAGACUCUAAAAACAGCUCUCGAGCAUCUCGUGCAAGUCUCCUAAUUGGACAAAUCUUACAGUUUGUCAGCAGGACUGACAACAAGUACAAGAGGAUGAACAGCAAUGAAAAAGUGCGGCUCGUGAGUGGGGGCAACGGGACACUACCUAAGCCUGGGUUUGAAAGUAUGAAGCAAGAGUACUCCGAUACAGAGAGUGACCUGAACAAGAGUUUAAACCUGAUCCCAUACAGCCUUGUGACUCCUUACCAUUCCCAGACAAAGAGGCCAGUCCUCUUUGUCCCCAACACUCUGGCCAAAGCCAUAGUGCAGAAGAUCCUCAAUUUAGGAGGAGCCAUGGAAUUUGAUCUCUGCAAGCCAGAUAUUGUCACAAAGGAGCAGUUUCUUCGGAAGCAAAAAAUAGAGCCCAUUAUUUAUUCAAAGGAGAAGCAUAGUGAUUCAUUUGAAUGUAUCACUCCAGAAAAUCUUGAAGCAGUUGCGACCAAGAAUAAACAUUGCUUGCUGGAGUCUGACCUCAGCUGCACAAAGGAUUUGCUCAGAAGAGAAAUAUAUCCCAUUAUCAUCUUUAUCAAAGUCUGCGAGAAGAACAUUAGAAAACUGAGGAGGCUGCCACUGAAAAUUGAUUCGGAGGAUGAGUUUCUGAAGAUAUGCCGUCUGAAGGAGAAAGACCUUGAGAGUCUGCCUUGUCUCUACACCUCUGUGGAACCUGACUCCUGGAGUGGGGUAGAAGACCUGCUGAAGAUCAUUAAAGACAAAAUUUUAGAGGAACAGAGGAAGACAGUAUGGAUAGAGCAGGAUCUCUUGUAGGAAAGGAUUAAGAGUGUAAAUUGUAUAAAUUACAACCCAUAAAUAACAAGCUGCUAUGUGGCAAUUAUACCCAUCCGCUUUUAUCCGAAUGUAACCCGGCGCUACAUCUGUGUAGAUUGAUUUGAUAGAAUUUCAUUAUAUUCUGUUAAAGAAGUGCAAGUUAAUGACACUUUUCAGUAUUACAUGGAAACAGCAGUGACAGACUAAUUCUAACAUCUGUCUAAGGAAUGUCACAUGUUUAAGGAAUGUAUGCUUGUAGGAGACAUUCUCAUUUUACCAGCAAAAUGUUUAAGAAAUUAGUUUAUCAAUGGAUGGAGUUUGUCAGCAAUGUAACGUGUUAGAAAAUAAGCAGAAAACAAGUUGUACAGCCCUUUGUAGAGUAGACAGUAGUUAUCAUGACUUUGUUUCUCCAGUUACUCUUAGUACUUACUUGCCAGCUCUUAAAAUAAGGAUAUGUGAAGGAGAACACAAUGCAGCAUUUUGCCUAAUCUUGAACUGCGUCAGUGUCUGUUCCCAGUGUCCUCGGUGUAUCCACACAGCUGUUUGUUUGUUCAACCACAGGGACUUGUUACAAAUGUGAGCAACACACACAGCUGUGUAUGUGUUCAGCUGCUGGGACUAAUUACUGAUCUCAGCCAGCGGCUCAGUUGGUCAGAGCAGUUUCACUGGAGGUUUGGUGCGGUCACCUCACAUGAUUGUCCGAAUACCAAGUGUAAUAAUGUAUAACAGGAGAAGGGUGCGAUUUGUUACACCAUAUUUUCCCAUCAGCGGGAUAAACAUGAUUCUUUAAAAUGAAACAAACAAUGGCCUGUAUGCUGCCUGUUUAUGUAGUUUUUGAACUACAUGAGUCUAGACUUGGUACAAAGAGUAGAACCCACUACAACGGUAUUCAGGGACAAGUCUUUACGAAUAAUGAAGUAGCUAAGUAAUUUGUCUUAUGAUGGUCUUUUGCUCUAAAGUCUUCCUCGGGCAUUUUUGUACAUCCUAUGCCUUUGAAGCAGCAAGUAGUAAUUAAGGACAUGGAUUUAUACUUGAAGUUAUAAAAGGGACCCUGUUUGAACUGAAACAAUUCCAGUUUAAAAAGAAAACAGCUAUAUUAAUAGGCUCAGUGGAAAAAUAAUAACACAGUGGGCCUCGAACUUAACCUUUGAGUAGCAAAUGUUUUGUUACAAACUUUUUCAAGAAGUAUUAAGUAUGUAUUUUUUAAUAAAC